UGAAAUCCCGCGUUACAUAGAAAAACCAGUCACGAACAAUAUCUCAAAAAUAUGACCACAAAAAACUCGAAACCCAAAGUCCAAGAAUUCCAGUUUCAUUCAGUACCGAAAACCACAAAGUGGGAAAGUUUCCAGAGAGUAAUUUAUGACCCUUCCAAAAACGAAUAUUUUGGACGAACUGGAAAAAGUUGGUAUCAGUUACUAAUUUUUUACUCGAUUUUCUACACAUGUCUUGCUGCUCUUGUCGCAAUUUGCAUGAAAGGUUUAACUGCAACACUGAACGACAAAGAACCGAAAUGGAAACUCGAGGAAAGCCUAAUUGGGACAAAUCCAGGCCUAGGUUUUCGCCCAAUUUCAAACAACACUCUUGAAGGUUCCCUCAUUUGGUACAAUUUGAGACAACCCGAAACAACACAAAAGUGGGUACAACUCGUGGAUGAGUUUUUACAACCUUAUCGAGUACCACAAAUCGGUCAGAAUUACCAACAUUGCGACUAUGAAAUACCGGUGAAAGAAGGUCACGUGUGUGCCGUGGAAGUGGACAAAUUUGGGCCAUGCACAGCGGAAAAUAACUACGGGUUCAAUUCGACUUCGCCUUGUGUUUUUCUCAAACUCAACAGGAUUUUUGGUUGGGUUCCUGAUUAUAUAGAACACCCGGAAAAUGACAUGCCUGAUGAUUUGAAACAAACUAUUACUUCCAGUGAUGAAAAUCAAGUGUGGAUAAGUUGUGCCGGAGAAAAUUCGUUUGAUAGAGAACAUGUUAUUGGGUUCAAUUAUUUUCCCAGUAGGGGGUUCCCCGGAUACUAUUAUCCUUACACAAAUAACGAUAAUUAUCUUAGUCCACUUAUUGCUGUACAAAUCAGUCUUAAAACUAAUGUUAUUGUCAAUAUAGAAUGUAGGGCUUGGGCCAAAAAUAUUGUCUACAAUGGGGCCAAUAACUAUCGACAAGGAUCCGUACAUUUUGAAAUUAUGGUGGACUCCAAAAAUAAUUAGUUGUGGAAAUAAAAUUACUAAAUAGUGGA